CCCUAAAUUCAACCGAACUCCCAACAGAAGCAGAAGAAGAAACAAGACAGAGUACAAAUGACAAAUCAGAAUUCUUCAUCUUCUUCCCCGCUCAUAAUUCUAAUUCUUCUACUAGUAUUCUUGCUCUUCUCUCCCACCAAUACAAAUGCCAAGUCUCAUCGCCCAAUCUCUGAUAUGGAGACAAGGCAGAAGAAGAGCCAGUGUUAUGCUGACAUUGAGAGCGGACUGUGGGGUUGGCAUUGCAAGUCUUCUUUGAUAGCAAAAGAGAAUUGUGCUUUGCGAUGCCUUUCUCCGACUUGCUAUGAGCUUAUCUACGAGAGUGAUCCGCUCGAAGAAGGUGAAAAAGAUAUGAUUAGGGGCCAAGAGUUCAAGUAUUGUAUGCAUAAGUUAUCUUUGGGGGAGAGCCUUGAGGGUAUCAAGGGUACAUUUAAUUAUUAAAUAUUCAGGUGGCAAUGUUGCUUGUAGAAUAAGUUCAUAAGAAGCCAUGGAUUUCUUCUCCACUGGAAAAAGAAGAAAACAGGUAACACAGAAGUCGUACUUCAUUUCCCAGUCAUCUCUUGGUUGUCUCCCCUUGCAUGUGGUGCAAUGUUCUAUGCACACCAGGUUCAGGCUGUCCAGAGUGCCUGACAUUACGGCUUAUGUUCUGUCUUCAGCCGACGUGGAAAUUAUCCGUGUGAUUACGAGAAUGUUUCUGACUUGUUCAAUAGUUACUGUAAUGUGCUUGAACGAAGCUGAGGUUAGCCUAAUCAUAAUCGGGACACCAAUAUUUUUGAAUUUCAGUAUGAGAAAGCAUACAUCUGCA